AGUCUAAAGUGUCCACUUUACCCCCCUCUUCCCUAUUUUGAAAAAAAAAAUUUGAUGUUGUAAUUACUUGUCCAACUAUACCUCCUGAAUCCGUAGUAGUUGGACACAGUCGACACAGUGGACUGAAGUGUCUAACUUCAGUUCUAUGUGCUGAGGAGCAGCAGUAGUAGGUGGACACGGGUUGUGGAAUAUUUUUGUUCGCUGUUUUGUGACUCAAAAUUGUGAAAAAAAAACUUGCAAUUCGAUCAUGAUUGUUGAAUUAAUAACAAAAUUCAUCGACCGAAGUAAUAUUUUGCGUGUGACACUUGCUCAAGUAAUUUUGUUUACUUUUUUGUACCAUAACCUCAAAAUCUCCAGUGCUGAAUGUUUUCAUGUAAAUUUCAACAAUGGUUAAUGAAAAAUCUUCAAGAAAAAAGCAGCCUCCAAAGAGGUACGCAAACGAACAAGCAGAUGAACCGAAAAAGAUCCGUUCUAUUAAAAAAACAGUUAUUAAGAGUGGAAGUGUCAAAAAAAUAAUGAACAGUGAAAAAAACUACAGUGUUAGUGAUUUACAAAAAGCUUUAAAUGCAAUAGGAGAAGGUCAAACGUUGAGACAAGCUGCCAAAAAUUUCGGAGUGCCCAAAAGCACAUUAUAUCUUAAAUCAAGAAAUUUCGUGCCUCUCGAGUGCAGAAAAGGUCCUAAGACUAUACUCAGUGAUGAUGAAGAAAGUAAAAUUAUAAAAUGGAUGGUGUUCUGUGCAAAAGUAGGUUUUCCUGUUACAAAGGCUCAAUUGUUGGAUUGUGUACAAAAACAUUUUGGUGAUAAAAAGACUCCUUUCAAGAACAAUCGUCCUGGUAAACACUGGUACAACGCUUUUAUGAAGAGACAUUCAAAUUUGAGUAAGAGAAUUGUUAAAAACUUGACCUCUACUCAAGCUUCUGUCAGUGAAGGGGAUCUGCGAAGUUGGUUUUCUAAAGUAGGAAGGUAUCUUGAAAAAAAAUCACUUCUAAACAUAGAAGCAGAUCGAGUUUUCAACUUGGAUGAAAGCUCAUUUAUGCUUGUUCCAAAGGACAACAUUGUGAUAACAGAAAGAGGUGCCAUAAAUGUGCCUCAAAUUGUCAAUGGUAAUGAAAAAGCCUGCUUUACCGUGCUUUUCACAGUUGCUGCUUCAGGAAAAAUGCCUCCUCCAAUGAUUCUCUUCGAUUUGAAGACUGCUCCGAAAAAAAAUAUACUAGAUCAGAUACCAAAAGGCUGGGGCGUUGGAAACACAAAACGUGGGUGCAUGACAGCCGACAGUUUCUUCAGCUACAUAAGCAAUGUUUUCUUUGAAUGGUUAAAAGAUAACAAUUACGUCUUCCCAAUUGUGUUAUACGUGAACGGGCAUUCAUUUCAUCUUACGCUGCCACUGCUCGAUUUCUGUAAAAAAAAUCAAAUCGAAUUGGUAGUGUUGUGCCCUAAUGCCGCACACAUCAUCCAACCCCUUGACGUUGCUGUCUUCCACCCAUUGAAAGAGUCAUACAGAAAAAUUCUGCGACAGUGGCGAGUAGAUAAUAAUGUAGUUAAUGUUAACAAAUCAAUGUUCGCACCAAUAUUGAAGUUAGCUUUGGACGCUGUUGAUUUGCCUGACAGUAUCGUGAAUGGGUUCGAAUCUUGUGGGUUAUAUCCGUUUAAUCCAGACCGAAUUGAUUACAAUAUUGUUUCCUCGCCUGAUGCAGUCGGAAAUUGUAACUCGAAACAUCUAGACAUGUUAGAAUAUUUCGAAAACAGUCUGAUUAGUCAAGAAGCCUUAGAAGAGUUCAAGAGAAAUGAAUUUGUAGAUACUUGGCCUGGUAAUCUAGGAAAUGAACAGCUUUUUGAGACUUGGCGCGAAAUAAAAAGGCGCUGUGAGGAAAUAGAUCCAGAAAUGCUAAACGAUUAUUUAACCGUGAGCUCAAUUAGCUGUUCAUUAACUAGUGACUCGCAGGAUCAAAUGGAAUUGUUACAAAUCAAAAUAAAAGAAGAAAUAGAAUAAUUAUUUUCCAUAAUUUUAUGAAUAAUGUAAUUACAUGGGUGUAACUAACUCAUUUCUUCUUAUGGCGAUAUUCUGUUGAUAAAAUAAAUUGUGUUAACAUA